GUUAAAAGGGAAAAGGGAAACGGGGUCCUAUGGAAUGUUUGUGUUUCUAAUGAUAGCACCCAAAACAAUAUUUUUCUAGUUUAAAUGAAAAUAAUUUUCAGUGGACGAGCUGGAUCAACAUCACAGUAUGUGGUUGUUCGAAGCUAAAAUUAAUGGAAAGAAGUGAACGUUCUUUGCUGAUAUUGUGCGCCCCUUUUUUCAAAAAGAAUCAGACACAUCAAUUCCUGAAAGAUCUGUGGAGGUUUGUCCGUAGGUGCUGCCAUUAUCAUUGGUCUGUGCAGUGGGCACCAAGAAAGCCCGGUUUGAGGGAGCAAUAUACACAGAUGGUAAAGGCCUCAGUAACUGGGAUGUUUUUACCCACAAGAGUGGCAAUAUCUUGGACGGGAGCAAUGGAGACAAAGCUGUGGAUCAUUACCAUCGUUAUCUGGAGGAUAUUGAUCUCAUGGAAAACCUUGGUGUGAAUAGCUACCGCUUUUCCAUAUCGUGGACCAGGAUUCUUCCCAAGGGACGAUUCGGACAUGUGAAUAAGGCAGGGAUUGAUCAUUACAGCAAGCUUAUUGACGUACUUUUGCAGAAAGGUUACAUCCGUAAAAUUAUAUCACCAUAAAACAUAUGGAGUUUGAAAAAUUCUGUUUCAAUAACUGCAGGAAUACAACCUUUUGUCACGUUGACUCAUUAUGAUAUCCCUCAAGAACUUGAAGAAAGAUACGGGGCAUGGCUAAGCCCUGAAAUACGGAAAGAUUUUGAGCAUUAUGCAGAUAUAUGCUUCAAAUUUUUCGGCAGCCGGGUAAAAUACUGGGUGACCCUAAACGAGCCUAAUGUCAUGGCAAUUCGUGGGUACCGUUCAGGACUUUACCCUCCCUCUCGAUGUUCGGUUUCAUAUGGUAACUGUACCAAAGGUAACUCUGAGGAGGAGCCUUUAGUAGCUGCACAUAACAUAAUUUUGAGCCAUGCGGGUGCUGUUAAAAUCUACCGAACUCGAUACCAGAAGAAACAAAGGGGUAGUAUUGGAAUUGUAAUGAAUGCCGCUUGGUAUGAGCCUUUCAGCAAUUCUACAGAGGACAGGCUGGCGGCCGAGCGAGCUCAAUCUUUCUAUUUGAAUUGGUUCUUAGACCCGAUAAUGUUCGGAAAAUAUCCCAAAGAGAUGCAUCGUUUGCUGGGGACCCAUUUGCCUGUAUUUUCAGAAAAAGAUAUCGAGAUUAUGAGAACAAGCAAGUUGGAUUUUAUUGGUAUCAACCACUACACGAGCUUCUAUAGCAAGGACUGCAUGUACUCUUACUGCGAACCAGGGGCGCCAGGUGUCAGCAAAUCAGAGGGUUAUUAUUUCCGUACUGCCUUUAGAGAUGGUGAGGCUAUCGGUGAACCUACUGCGGUCGAUUGGCUUUUUGUGUACCCUCAAGGAAUGGAGAAGAUUGUGACAUACGUGAAGGAUAGAUACAACAACACACCAAUGUUCAUCACGGAAAAUGGCCUUGGCGUUCUCAACGAGCCAAAUUCAUCCAUGAGUUACUUCCUUGAUGACAUCAAAAGAGUCGAGUAUAUGAACAGCUAUUUGGAUUCAUUGGCAAUAGCAAUCAGUAAAGGCGCAGAUGUGAGAGGCUAUUUUGCGUGGUCUUUGCUCGAUAACUUUGAAUGGAUUUUUGGAUACACCAUAAGAUUUGGGCUUUACCAUGUUGAUUUCGGCACACUCAAGAGAACCCCAAAGUUGUCUGCAGGUCGGUAUAGAGAGAUUAUUACAGCCUCGAGAGGCUUGCAGACAUCUUAAGCAAUGGAAAUUUAUGUGGACCAAGAAUGAGACCUAUCUUUCUGUACAUGAUAAAAGUAGAAGUGUUCCUGUAAAUAAUUGCACAAAAAAAAAAAAAAAAUGUCUGCAUAUUUGUUAUGGUAAAACUGUAAUCAGAAAUCAGUAUCUACUGUGAAACUAUUUUCAUACCAUAUCAACUCUAAUAAUUAACUUUUAUCUUCU